GUCUCAGAGGUAUAGAAAGGAGAGAUCCCUAUCAUACUGAUUACAGAAGAAGUGAUCGUGAUGAGUGAAUGACACUGUUGGUCAUCUUCACAACUGAACCCUUCGAUAUUCCGAUCCAAUCGCCCGUCUGGUAGCGACCAUCCGGCAACCCGGACGCAUCGAGAUUCACUCAUUGCUGUCUCGCCUACGUCUUCAUUCACUCAUUAUUGCAACUCUUACCUAUUGUCUACCUCACCAACCCCCUUUUGCUUUCUCUUCCUUGAACUCUGCUCGACGGAGCUCUCUUCUUCUUUUCUUCUUCUCUCUCUCUCUUCUUCUGCUGCCUCCCAAAUGAGGGUCUUUCGUCGGGCAGAGCUGCUACAAUCAUGGCCGAUAUUCCUCACGGUGGGCGUAUCGUCCCCAUAGUCGACACGCCUCAAUCUUCUACCAAUUCCACCACGCCGUCCUCCUCCUCCUUUACCUCGUCCUCCUCGUCAACCUCCUCCGACGAUGCCUCCGUCGAUCUCCCGCCCCUCCAGAAAAAACACCACAAACACCGUUCCGCCCGUCCGUCCAAACCCACCCGCAAGACGCGUACCAUGACCGUCGAGCCCGAAUGUCUCGAGCUGUCGUGUCUCAAGGAGCUGGACCUCUACGCUCUUCCCACAGAGGGUGAUGGGAACUGCCUCUACUACGCCCUCUCCGACCAAGUGUUCGGUGACUUUGGCCAUGCCGAGGAUAUCCGUGUCCGUCUCGCCGAUCACAUCGGUGCCAAUAAAGAAUACUUUAUGAAUUUCAUUCCGGCUGUCGGGGGUGAGCGUCGCGCUCCUCGGCGCGCCGCCGCCUCGGCUGCCAAGUACGCGUCUCAUCGGUCGUCCGCCUCGGCCAGCCCCGCCCCACCGUCCUCCAAAGACAAGGAUCGAAGCUUCGAUACCAAAGUGGCGGAAUCUAGGAAAGCUGGUGUUUGGGGAGGGGCGGAGGAGAUACAGGCUUUUUGUCAGUCGUUCAAGAUGGAUGUCAACGUGUACACCGAGUAUGGUGUGCAGAACUUCCGUGACGUCCAUGCUCCGGAGUCGGAGGAACGGGACGUCGUCCACGUUUCUUUUCACGACUUCAAUCACUAUUCCUCGGUGCGCCACCUCAAUGGUCCCCGCACCGGCUUGCCCUGUAUCCCCAAGAUCAGCAAAGAGGCCGAAAAGGAGGCAACAACGGUCGCCAACGCGGUCGUCGAUGUGGCCACUCCGUGGAAGAUCUCUGCAAUCCAGGAGGGGCUCGGUGGCAAGUAUGACCGGGCCGUCAUCGUGGAUAUGCUGGAGCAGUGCCGUGGUAACAUUGACAGUGCUUUUGGCAACCUCAUCAGUGAAGGCGGACCCGCCAUUGACGCUCCGGCGCCCCGGGCUAUCAUGAAAACGCGUCUGCAGCCGUCGUCGCGGUCUUCGUCGCCUUUUAGUACAGGCAGCAAACGCUCGGCGGACGAUACCGACGAGGAAGAUCCCCGACCUGCGAACCGCCGCCUGCGCACCCGCGACCAGAAGCGACGCAUCCUCCCGGAUGUGACCGUGGGGAUUGCCUUUCGGGAUGACCGAAAUGACCUGGUGUCGCUCCGUCUGCGGGUCAGCCCGGACGCAACGGUGCAGCAUUCCCCUCCUGAGCCGGCCCCGCCGGCAGAAAGCGACUUGGUCUCCCGGACCAGUCCUGUUGCUCUGGACCAGACGCAGAAUGUGGAGGGUGGAGAGGCCGUAGAGGCUGGGGAGACUGCUUCUCGUGCAACUCCGUCCGAUGAACAAAAGCCACGGCGCAGCAAGCGCAUCAGUCGGAGCCGCAACUCCCCUGCUAUCUAGUCGGUUUAUCAUCUUCCCUUCCCCUUACCCCUCUUUUACCCGCCUUAUCUGCCUACAUCCCUACCAUACCUACCCUACUCCUGCACUGUCAUCUCGAGUCUCAUACGAAGUUACGAUACAUACAUGGGGUUCGCAUUGCCCGGCGUUGGGGACGAACAUGCUUCCGGUCCCCGUCAUUACAGCAUCCUGUGAGCGAUUGAUGAAUUCCUUUUCUUUAUUUCAUAUCUGUUUCGUUAUCAUCACCUCCAUUACCAAACUCGAAGAUGUCACUUUCGAUCCACUACACAUUUCAUAUCCCCCCGCUCCGAGAGCACGACCAACAUCCUAUUCUAUUCUAUUCCAUUCUAUUCGACCGGUGAGGCGUUAGCGGUGUUGGACUUUCAAUCAAUGGAUGAACUACCAUACCAUGUUUUUGCAUUUGGGUGCACACAAUACUCCGGUUGGGCGGAUGAUUGAUUUGAUUGCAUUAGCAGGUUUUUCUUCAUUUUUCUUUUCUUUUUUGUGCCGGAUAGAUUCCGCGAUGAUCGCACGUACUUGUGGGGUUAGCUAAGGGAUACCUUACUGCUUAUUACAAUGUUGGAGCGGUUACUACCUACUCCCUACUACCUACCUAUCUACCUACCUACUCAUCUAUCCUAUACUACCCAGGUAGAUACAGAUAGAACCACCAAACAACUACAACAGCACAUAGUAUAC